AGUGCCUGCCUGGGAGGGGAAGCAGAACAAACUGUAAGCUGCCAGGGGAUCCAUCUUGGCUGAAAAAAGGGUGGCGAGAGUGAAAGCUUCCCCUGUACAGUAUCUCCCACUGAAACUGCACCAUUCGAGGCGCUGGGGAGCCCCGGGAAGGGCUGCGUAGGUGUUUGUAGGAUGUCCCGACAUGAGGGUGUGAGCUGCGACGCGUGUUUAAAGGGAAACUUUCGAGGAAGACGGUUCAAGUGUCUCAUCUGCUACGACUACGACCUCUGCGCGUCGUGCUACGAGAGCGGCGCCACGACGACGCGACACACCACAGAGCAUCCCAUGCAGUGUAUAUUAACCAGGGUAGACUAUGAUUUGUAUUACGGCGGAGAUACCUUCUCAGUAGAGCAGCCCCAGGCGUUCACAUGUCCUUACUGCGGGAAGAUGGGCUUCACGGAGACGUCCUUACAAGAGCACGUCACCUCCGAGCACGCAGAGACGUCCACAGAGGUGAUCUGUCCGAUAUGCGCUGCCUUGCCCGGGGGGGAUCCCAACCACGUCACAGAUGACUUCACAGCCCACCUCACACUCGAACAUCGAGCACCCAGGGAUUUAGACGAGUCCAGCAGUGUCCGGCAUGUACGCAGGAUGUUCCACCCCGGGCGGGGACUGGGCGGGCCCCGAGCACGGCGCACAAAUAUGCACUUUACUAGCGGCUCCACGGGGGGGCUGUCGUCCUCGUCGUCGCAGAGCUCCACCUACACCCCCAGCAACAGAGAGGCAAUGGACCCCAUUGCGGAGUUGUUGUCGCAGCUGUCGGGCGUGCGACGCGCGGCGGGCGGGCAGAUAAAUUCGUCGGGGCCGUCGGCCUCGCAGCUGCAGCAGCUCCAAAUGCAGCUGCAGCUGGAGCGGCAGCAGGCGCAGGCGGCGCGGCAGCAGAUGAUGGACACGGGCCGCCACUCCACGAGGCGUGGCAACAACCCGGCCAACUCCGCCGCCGGGGCCGCGGCCAUCCCCCCGCCCAACACUGCCGCCGCCAACACGGGCGCGACGCCCGAAAUCAACCCCUCGCCGUCGUCCCACAACUCCCAGUUCCUAUUAGCACGCUUGAAUGAGCCCAAGAUGUCCGAGGCUGAGCGUCAGUUCCUUGAGGGCGAGCGCGCCGACCGCAGCCUCUUCGUCCAGGAGCUGCUUUUGUCCACGCUGAUGCACGAGGAGAGCUCCUCCUCGGACGAGGACGAGCGGCGAGACUUCGCCGACUUCGGGGCCAUGGGCUGCGUGGACGUCAUGCCUUUAGACGUGGCGCUGGAGAACCUCCAGCUCCGCGAGAGCGCCUCCACGGGGAAGGAGCCUCCGCCGCCGCCUCUUUGAUGUCCGGGUGUCGAGCAGACUGUGUCCCCCCUGCUGCAACUGUCAGUGAUGGACAGCCAGAUAGCAGCAAAGCGACCCCUCUUCCACCCUCAACUCCUUACUCCCACCCGGUUUCUUUUUUGGUGAUUGUAAUUUCAGGCCCGUCACCAUUUUUUUUUGUAAGCAAAAAUGAAACGGAGCAAGCAAGUGGGGGUCAUAGCAACUGAGCAAGCAAGAGUAAAGACAUCUAUAAAUCUAUAAAUAUAUAUAUAUAUCAAAA